GCCGCCGCCUCCGCCUCCGAACUGGGCCGGGGUAGCUGGCACUGGGGUUUGAAGGUGAUGGCCCAGACGGAGGGCCGUAAGGCCACAUCUCUCUCUCGUUCUGCAAUCGCGGCCAGCGGCUCUGUCCGCUCAUCGUCAUGAGAGAAGACAGAGACCUGCAGCAAAGAAAUCUGGAUCACAGAAAAAGUAUUCAAGGGUCAUGCAAGCCAACUGUAGCCAAUUGCACAGUCCUCCAGGAGCUGCAGGCAGUGAGGAUGCCUCAGCCUCCCAAUGUGUCCACACAAGAUUGACAGGAGAAAGUUCUUGUCUUCAUUCUGGAGAUGUGCAUAUUCAAAUAAACUCCAUACCUAAAGAAUGUGCUGAAAACCGAAGCUCCAGAAGUACAAGGUCAGGUAUCCAAGGCUGUACACAUGGAUGUGUACAUAGUCGCUUACGGAAUCACUCCCAUAACGAAGCAGGGCAGCCUGAUGAUACUUCCAUGGAAUCUGGAGAUCACAGUAGCAACUCCUUCUCAGAAUUCCAGUAUCUCUUCAAGUGGCUGCAAAAAAGUCUUCCAUACAUUCUGAUUCUGGGUGUCAAACUUGUUAUGCAGCAUAUAACAGGAAUUUCUCUUGGAAUUGGACUGCUUACAACUUUUAUGUAUGCAAACAAAAGCAUUGUAAAUCAGGUUUUUCUAAGAGAAAGGUGCUCAAAGAUUCAGUGUGCUUGGUUACUGGUAUUCUUAGCAGGAUCUUCUGUUCUUUUAUAUUACACCUUUCAUUCUCAGUCACUUUAUCACAGCUUAAUUUUUUUAAAUCCUACUUUGGACCAUUCAAGUUUCUGGGAAGUACUUUGGAUUGUUGGAAUUACAGACUUCAUUCUGAAAUUCCUCUGCAUGGGCUUAAAAUGCCUUAUUUUAUUGGUGCCUUCUUUCAUCACACCUUUUAAAUCCAAGGGUUACUGGUAUAUGCUUUUAGAAGAACUAUGUCAGUAUUACCGAACUUUUGUUCCCAUACCAGUUUGGUUUCGUUACCUUCUAAGUUAUGGAGAGUUUGGUAAUAUAACUAGAAGGAGUCUUGGGAUACUGCUGGCUUUACUCUACCUCAUAUUAAAACUUUUGGACUUUUUUGGACAUCUAAGAAAUUUCAGACGGGUUUUGCAAAUAUUUUUUACACGACCAAGUUAUGGAGUGGCUGCCAGCAAGAGACAGUGUUCAGAUGUGGAUGAUAUUUGUUCAAUAUGUCAAGCUGAAUUUCAAAAGCCAAUUCUUCUCAUCUGUCAGCAUAUAUUUUGUGAAGAGUGCAUUACCUUAUGGUUUAACAGAGAGAAGACAUGUCCACUGUGCAGAACUGUGAUUUCAGACCGUAUAAACAAAUGGAAAGAUGGAGCCACUUCAUCACACCUUCAAAUAUAUUAAGUUGUAGAAACUAUUAAGCCACAAAACACUGAAGUGUUGUAGUCCAGUUUAUCAAAAGAUUUAAUGAACCCCAUAUUUUAAAAAAUAUGUAAUGUUGAACCUAAUGCAUAUGCAACAUUGAAUCCUAAUUAUUUGCAGUGUUAAACUGUGUUUUCUUAUUAACGUUACCAAAAAAGCAAUGGGAUAAUUAGAACUAGUUCUUAGAGGAACUCAGGUAUUCUUUCCUAACAUUGUUUUCAGAAUAAAGAAUAUUUUUCUCAAUAUUUUAAGAUACACAUUAUCUGAAAGAAUUUUCUUUAGGAUUGACUUUUAUAAUUCCCAUUCUGAAAAUUCUUAAAAAUUUUCAUAGAAGUUGUAUUUUUAAAUGAAAGUUUUAAAUGCUCUAUUUUACUUGUAAUAAUCAGAUUUUCUAAGUAAAGAUUUACUGAGGGUGAUAUAUUUUAAUACUGCAUUAUUCUCUGUAGUAUGACAAGCAAUUGAUGAAAACCGAUGAUUUAAUUUAUUGUUUGUGGACCUCUUACCUACAAUCCUGCCAUCAGUUCAUGAUCUUGCUUUUUGUAUAGUGCCAUGGACUAUCUUGAAGUAACUAUUAAAAUAAUUGACAUGGAGCCCUGGCUUGUGUGGCUCAGUUGGUUGGAGCAUCAUCCUGUAAACCAAAAAGUCACUAGUUUGAUUCCUGGUCAGGGCACGUGCCUGGGUUGUAGGUCCAGUCCCUGGGCAGGGCAUGUAACAGAGGCAACUGAUUGAUGUUUCUCUCUCACAUCAAUUUUUUUCUCUCACUCUCUCCAUCCCUUCCCCUCCCUCUCAAACCAAUAAGCAUGUCCUCAGGUGAGGAUAAAAAAUGUUUUAAUAAUUAAAAUAAUUCACAUGGAUUACAAAUAGCUGGCUUCAUGAUGAUCUGAAUAGUUUAACAAACAUGACAAACUCAAAUCUUGGAAAAGAAUUUCUCUUAUAACUUACGUUCUUCAGAAGAGUUUUGGCAUCUAAUGCUUGAAUCGCCAUUACCCGGGAGACUAAAGCUUGCACUCAGAGGUAACCAAAAUCUUUGGAUUGUGUGGUUUGCCUCUUAAGUGUUGGUGUAGUGUGGCGGAAAAAGGGAUUGGGUACUCUCCCCUUGAAACUUCUAAGGGGGAACCAAUAUCUGUAACAGAAGCCUGAAGUGGUGGUUAUAUCUAAGUUUAGAGUACUAGGCCUCUGCACAUUUUCUUGAUUACCAUCUAUCAAUUUGAACACAAGAAAGAGACAGUGGGAAGAACUUACAUUGAGGUAGAAAACAAAUUUGCAGUGUUGGUAAGACAAAGGCUAAAUCAACAUAUAAGAUUAAUAAGGAUCGUGACCCACCAGCCACAGGUUAAGUCACUUCUAUGCCUGUAUGGCUACCCUAAUUUGCAAAAUGGCAACAACUGUAAUUGAAUAACAAUAAAAGAAAUUAAAAA